CCUGCUCUUCGGACUCUUUCGCCAUUUUGAAGAAGUCGAGCCGAAAGACGGUCAGUUAAAGUCACAGCUUGUCAGCGACGUAAACAACAGAUUCAAAGAGAAAAUUAGCAGGUAACAAUGAGUGGUUGUCGUGUCUUCAUCGGCCGUUUGAGCCCCCAUGCCAGAGAGAGAGAUGUGGAGAAGUUUUUCAAGGGAUACGGACGGAUUCGGGAAAUCAACUUGAAGAACGGAUUUGGCUUUGUGGAAUUUGAUGAUCACAGAGAUGCAGAUGAUGCUGUGUACGAGUUGAAUGGCAAAGAAUUGUGCAGUGAAAGGGUCACUAUUGAGCACGCUCGCUCCAGAAGAGGAAGAGGUGGCGGUCCUGGAGGAAUGGGACGUUUCGGUGGUAGCAGCGGUGGUGGCGGCGGCGGUGGCGGUGGCUAUCGCCCAUCUCGCAGCAGUGGUUCCAGACCGGACAGAUAUGGCCCUCCUGUACGAACGGACCACAGACUGAUUGUAGAGAACCUCUCUUCACGGAUCAGCUGGCAGGACCUGAAAGACCUGAUGAGAAAAGCAGGUGAAGUUACCUUUGUGGACGCCCACAGGCCCAACAAAAAUGAAGGAGUUGUUGAGUUUGCAUCGCGCAGUGACAUGAAGAACGCCAUCUCCAAGCUUGACGGGUCAGAGCUGAAUGGACGCAAACUAAAGAUCUUUGAGGACUGCAGAAGAAGUCGCAGCAAGAGCCGCUCCCGCAGCUACUCCCGCUCCAGGAGUCGCUCCAGGAGCCGCAACCGCUCCAGGAGCCGCUCCAGGUCCAUGAGCCGCACCCCCGAGAAAAAGACGUCAGGAGGGGGCAGGACCUCCAACAGAUCCCCCUCCAGGUCCAAGUCUCGCUCCAAGUCCCGCUCCAGGUCUCGCUCCCGUUCACCCGCCCCCGCUCAGAACAAACAGUCCCGCUCGCGCUCUCGUUCUCGUUCCCGCUCUCGCUCCCGCUCCCGUUCACGUUCCCGCUCCGCCUCCGCAGACAGCAAACAUUGAGAUCGAACCACCUGGAGGCCGUAAUAUAGACUGUGUGGUGGCACGUGAUUAUCAUUUUUUAUUGAAGGGGAGGAAACCGCCUUUUUACGUGGCUUCUUUUGAAUCAAGAUCUUCAGUCAUUGGCUUUGAUUUCUCGUUUGUUUUUGUUAGUGUGGAUUUGCUUCCACAGGAAAAUUAUUUUUGUGUUCCUGUUGCUUCAUGAUUUCCCUCUUUUAAACCCCCCCCCCCCCGUGUUUUAAUGAAUUACCGCGUGACGGGAAAACAUUUCGAUCAGCGGUGAUACUCGUCGCCACCCUGUGCGAGCUGCCUGCCGCGUCAUGAUUCCAUCCACUCCCCCGUUCUUCGCCCGAGCGUUCACAGCCGUUCAAGGUUAGGCGGGAAUGGUCUUCAUUCCCCCAAAAUGUUGAUAGGUAUGUUUUCUGUUUGUAACGCAAGCUCCUGGCAUUGCCGUGAAACUGUGAUUCUGCUUGUGAUGACAUGUUGCAUUCGCCGCCCUGAUAUGUGAACCGUAAAAUGCAAGCGUCUCAGUCGGUGGUUUUAGUUCAGCUUUCUCGUGUAAUAAUGUUUGAAUCCGGCAUUAAUUUAGUUUAACACUGCUGCUGUACCAGGACCUCGUCUCGUGUUGAUUUAUUUUCUUUUUUUAUUUACUUUGUCUGCAGCCUCGGCCUGUGGGGGCUGUGGCUCUGAACACAAGUGUCUGUUUCAGCAGGAAGAAAUGUCUUUAAGUAAGUUUAUUGAUUUGAUACUAAUAAAACACUUAAUGCUUA